AUGAAUCCUUUAAAUAAGAUUAUUUUCCUUUCAGCAUUUUUAGCCAGUGGGUUUUUAUUAAUUUUAUUAUCAUGUGCAUUAUUUAAUAACUAUAAACCAUUAUGGGUAAUAUUAAUCUUUUUAUUAGCACCAUUACCAAAUAUAUUUGCUGAUACAGUUGAAAGUAAUAGAGAUAGUUUCUUAACUUUUAAUGAUCAUGAAAACGGAUCAAGUACUCCAUUACAAGAAUUUUGUAAAUAUAUAACUGGAUUCUUAAUUGUUAGUGGGAUUGCUUUACCAAUAACAUUUUAUCAUACAAGAUUGAUUGAAUUAGGAUCAAUGAUUAUGAGUAUGAUUGGUGGGUUGAUUGUCUAUAGUGACAUUGUUUUGUUUAUAUGGUUCUUUAGUCAUGAAGAAGAAGAAAAUGACGAUUUUAACUUUUAG